UGAGGCCCUCUUGCAGAUUUCUUUCGGACGACAUUUUUACUUUUGCUGAACCAAAAAUUGUCUUUUUUACCAAAAAACCACUAUAAAUUGUAAAAUUGUUGAGUGAAAAAGGUGAUGAAUAUGAAGAAAAAGGUUCUUCUAAUGGGCAAGAGUGGCUCUGGGAAGACUAGCAUGCGCUCCAUUAUCUUCGCCAAUUAUAUUGCCAGGGACACGCGACGUCUGGGGGCCACAAUUGACGUUGAACAUUCUCACGUGAGAUUUUUGGGAAAUCUUGUUCUGAAUCUCUGGGACUGUGGUGGACAGGAGUCGUUUAUGGAGCAGUACUUUGCAUCACAGAAGGAGAAUAUCUUCCGAAAUGUAGCCGUUCUAAUCUAUGUGUUCGAUGUGGAGAGCAGGGAGCUAGAUAAGGACAUGCACUACUACCAAUCAUGCUUAGAGGCCAUACUUCAAAACUCCCAGGAGGCAAAGAUCUUCUGUCUCGUCCACAAGAUGGAUCUUGUGGCAGAGGAUCAGCGUGAACAGAUCUUCAAGGAUCGCGAGGAUGAUCUCAAGCGGCUGUCGAAGCCACUGGAGUGCACCUGCUACCGUACAAGCAUUUGGGAUGAGACACUCUACCGGGCAUGGUCCAAUAUUGUCUACAUGCUCAUCCCGAAUGUAAAAGCACUUGAGUACUCUCUGGGUGUCUUUGCCAAGAUAAUUGACGCAGACGAAGUGUUGCUCUUCGAGAGGGCCACAUUCCUCGUUAUCUCGCACUGCGAGCGAAAGGAGCAUCGGGAUGCUCAUAGAUUUGAGAAAGUUUCCAACAUUAUAAAACAAUUUAAACUCUCUUGUUCGAAGCUCGGCGCCAAAUUCCAUUCCCUCGAGGUACGGAAUAGUUGCUUUGCCGCUUUCAUUGACACCUUCACGAGCAAUACGUACGUUAUGGUGAUUAUGUCGGACCCUGAAAUGCCCAGUGAGGCAACAUUAAUCAACAUUCGCAAUGCCCGGAAGCACUUUGAAGAGCUGGAGAGCCCCAAUAGUAACAAUCUUAACAUAAGUUAUCAGAACUGAAAAGAAACUGACAUACAUAUACCUAUAUAUUUUUGAAAAUGAAUUUGUUUAAUAAUUAAAUAAUGAUUUUAUUAAAGUUAUUUUGUUGUCACAA